AACGCUGUUCAUCAACGUCCUAAAUAUUCAAUAAUGACUGGUAAACUGAUAAAGGUUGUUACUUGUGCUGUAGUAAGUGUGGCUUUGGUCGAAGCAGCAUGCACCGACGACUCGACAUAUGAUGCUGGUCGAAACCAGGCUGAAGUACAAUGGAAUGCCGCUUGGAGCUACAAGAAUGAAGACUGCAUGGAGAUUAACAAUGUCUACAAGCAAGUGCAUAAAGCAGCUCCUAGCUCGCCUGAGUGUCUAAACGAAGGUUUCGAGGACGAGCUUGACUCCUUAUACGAUGAUCAAAUGGAAGAAUGUCUAGUGUAUUGUGAGCAAGUAGGUGAGAACUAUGCGGAGAGUGCUUGGGCUCAGGCUACUAAAGACAACGAAAACGUGGAGGUUUCCUCUUGUCAAUAUUUGGAUGCCGUUUUCCAACAGGCUAACCGGCAAACGCCUAGUACGCCCGAUUGCUUGCGUAAUUCUUUCCAGGAGUGGACAAAUGCAAAAUACAAUGAGGACCUAGACGAUUGUGUCGAUGAGUGUGUUGGCUAUGGUGAAAACCAGGGCGAAAAUCUUGCGCAACAAUUCUGUGCAAUUGCUCAACCCUUGGGGGCUGAACUUUACGAUGAAGGCUUGACUAUUGUAAUCUGUAAUCAGCAAGAAGAACAGGCAUGUUUGGACACUUUUGAUUCCUUGAGCUAUGAGAACUGUCCCGAUGUGCGCGACAACAGUGCGAACGACGAAUAUUACAAAGCACUGACACAAUCGUGCCAAUACACUAUCGGGCCCCAACCUAGCAACCCGGAUGAAAUUACCUGUGAAGCGAAGUGGAUCGGACGACCGGACGAUAAACCGGAUUGCCCCGGCUUUUUGGCUGACAAGGAAUGUUGCCAGUGGUCCAACAACUGUGGAGAUUUGCCUAAGUGUACCGCUUCUUAUUGUUGUCCCGAGGAAUCGAAUUAUAUCAAUUGCGAGAUCAAGGAGAGUGAAGGGGGAAUUAGUCAAAGCCCUUGCGAUUUAGAUGCCAACAAACAGUGCUGCCGCAACUCGGGUAAAUGCGGGGAUUGGCCCAAGUGCACAAACUCGUACUGUUGCAAGUAAAAGAGGAACUCCCAUGUUGUUCGACACGUAAUCUCGAGAAAUUAAAAUUUGGUUUUUUAACUAUUGUAUAUUUACACAACUAUUUGUAAAAUAGUUUUCUGGUGAAAAUACC